AUGAUAAAAUCUGACAAAAAAAAAAGUGAACAAGCAAAAAUAGAAAACAAUAAAACAAAAUUUAAAUAUAAAAAUGAAUACAAAUAUGUGGAUGCAACGAAUGUAUUAAAAAAUAUUUUUCUAAAAGAUAAAAAGAAGGAACAAUCUUUAAAAAGAUCAGUACCUCACAAAAAGAUUAUUUUAAAUAAAAAAUUAAAUGAUUUUAUUAAUAGUAAAAAAAGCUUGAAAUUAGAUGUGAUAGCAAAAAAAGAUAAAACAAUUAAUUUAUCACAUAAAGAAAAGAAAAACUUAAAAAAAGAAAAUGAAUUAAAGAAUGAAAAUUGUAAUAAAUAUAGUAUAGAUAAAACAUGUUAUUCUAAUAAAAACAAAAAAAUAGAUAUUCCUUUGAAUCUAAUUAAAAAUGAUUCUAAAAAAAAAAGUAUUAACUUUCCUAUUGCUCCUAUUAGAAAAAAAAAAAUAUAUUCUUCUUCUGAAAGCUCUGUGAAUGAAAAAACAAGAAAGGAAAUAAAAAAGAAAAAUAUUGAAGAAGAAGAAGAGGAAGAAGAAAUAGGAGAAGUAGAAGAAGAAGAAAUAGAAGUAGAAGAAGAAGAAGAAAUAGAAGUAGAAGAAGAAGAAAUAGAAGUAGAAGAAGAAGAAGAAGAAAUAGAGGAAGAAGAAGAAAUAGAGGAAGAAGAAGAAAUAGAGGAAGAAGAAGAAAAAGGAAUAGAGGAGGAAGAAGAAGAAGAAAUAGAGGAAGAAGAAGAAGAAGGAAUAGAGGAGGAAGAAGAAGAAAUAGAGGAAGCAGAAGAAAAAAUAGAAGAAGAAGAAGAGGAAAUAGAAGUAGAAGAAGAAGAGGAAAUAGAAGUAGAAGAAGAAGAGGAAAUAGAAUUAGAAGAAGAAGAGGAAAUAGAAGUAGAAGAAGAAAAAAUAGAAGAAGAUGAAGAGGAAAUAGGAGAAGAAAAAAUAGAAGAAGAAGAAGAGGAAAUAGGAGAAGAAGAAAAAGAGGAAAUAGAAGUAGAAGAAGAAAUAAAAGAACAUGAAGUAAUAGAAGAAGGAGAAAUAAAAGAAGAUGAAGAAAUAGAAGAAAUAGAAGAAGAUGAAGAAAUAAAAGAAGAAAAAAUAGUAGAAGAAGAAGAAGAAGAAAUAAAAGAAGAUGAAGAAAUAGAAGAUGAAAAAAUAAAAGAAGAAAAUAAAGAAAACGGAGAGAAACAAAUAAUUAAAGAAAAAAAACAUAGUAGUUUCAAUCCAUAUAUAUUAACUAAAAGUUUGAGUAAUGAAUUAAAGAAUACUAACAAAAAAGUUAAAAAUUCGAAAACAGAAAAUAUUGUUCUCUCAAAUAGUUUAAAUAGAGUAAAAAUGAAAGAUGAAGAAAAAGAAAAAGAGUUAAAAGAAAAAUUCCUAUUUUUGAGUGAAAUUAUAAAAGAAAAAAAUUUAGAAUAUUUGGAAUUAAUAAAUGAAAUUAUGACAUAUUUAAUAGAAUAUGAAAAUUUUUAUAACAUUGUUAAAAUUUUUUUAAAGCAAUAUUUUUCCUUUAAUAAAAAUGAUACAAAUUAUAAUUUGUAUGAUUAUAAAAAGAUAGGAAAUACUUAUGAAAAUACAAUAACAUAUGGUAAAAAUAAUAAAAAAACAGAAAAUUACAAUUAUGAAUUCGAUGAGAUUAUUAAAAAAUGUACGAAUAAAUUAAAUAGUGAAGAAAAAUCUUUAAAGAAUAGUGAUGAUAAAUGUAUUGGUUUUUUUAAAGAAAACGAUAAAAUACAAAAUAGAGAUGAAAAAAAUGUGAAUUCAAAUGAUAAAUAUAGAUAUAACAAAUGUACAGAAAGACAACUAAAUGAUAAUAAAAGUGAAAUAGAUAAAAAUAAGUGUAAAACUAAAAUAAAUGAAGAAUAUUUCAAGUACAAAAGUGGUAAAGAUGAUGAAGAAAGUAAGAAUGAUAAAGAAGAUAAGAGUAAUGAGGAUGAUGUAGAAAAUAGAAGUGAUGAAGAUGAUAAAGAAAGAAAGAUUGAUAAAGGUGAUAUAGAAAGUAAAAGUCAUGUAAAUGAUAAAAAAUGUAAAAGUGAUCUAGAUGAGGUAGAAAUUGGGAGUUACGAAAAAGAUAAAGAAAGUAAAAGUGGUAAUGAUAAUAAAGAAAAUAUGAGAGAUAAGGAAGAUAAAGAAAAUAAAAGUAAUGAAGAUGAUAAAGAAAGCAAAAGUGAUGAAGAAGAUAAAGAAGAUAAAAAUAAAGGAGAAGAUAAAGAAAAUAAAAGUGAUGAAGAAGAUAAAGAAAGUAAUAGUGAUGAGGAAGAUAAUGAAAGUAUAAGUGAUGAGGAAGAUAAAGAAAGUAAAAGUGAUGAGGAAGAUAAAGAAAGUGAAAGUGAUGAAGAAAAUAAAGAAAAUAAAAGUGAUGAAGAAAAUAAAGAAAGUGAAAGUGAUGAAGAAAAUAAAGAAAAUAAAAGUGAUGAAGAUGAUAAAGAAAAUAAAAGUAAUGAAGAUGAUAAAGAAAAUAAAAGUGAUGAAGAUGAUAUAGAAAGCAAAAGUAAUGAAGAUGAUAAAGAAAGUAAAAGUGAUGAAGAAGAUAAUGAAAGUAUAAGUGAUGAAGAAAAUAAAGAAAGUGAAAGUGAUAAAGAAAAUAAAGGUAAUGAAGAUGAUAAAGAAGAUAAAAAUAAAGGAGAAGAUAAAGAAAGUAAUAGUGAUGAGGAAGAUAAUGAAAGUAUAGGUGAUGAGGAAGAUAAAGAAAGUGAAAGUGAUGAAGAAAAUAAAGAAAAUAAAAGUAAUGAAGAUGAUAAAGAAAGCAAAAGUGAUGAAGAUGAUAAAGAAAGUGAAAGUAAUGAAGAUGAUAAAGAAAGUGAAAGUGGUGAGGAAGAUAAAGAAAGUAAGAGUGAUGAGAAUGAUAAAGAAAAUAAAGUUGAUGAAGAAGAUAAAAAAGGCAAAAAUGAUGAAAAUGAUGUAGAAAGUAAUAGUGAUGAAGAUGAUACAGAAAGUAAUAGUGAUGAGGAAGAUAAUGAAAGUAAAAGUGAUGAAGAUGAUGAAGAAACUGAUGGAAGUAAAAGUGAAAUCGAAAAUUGA